UCCUGUUUAUUUACUGGGUGCUGGCGUUCAUCACAAAGACUAUAAAGUUGUGGAAGUUUAUCGCGCACGACAUUGGCCCUCAGCACCUGCGGUUCUGCAUCACGGCCCUGUUAGUGCUGCUGUACGGGCUGCUGAUGGCCGUGGAGAUCAACGUCAUACGAGUCCGAAAAUACGUGUUCUUUGCCAACCCACAAAAAGUGAAACCACCAGAGGAUCUGCAGGAUUUGGGGGUUCGCUUUCUGCAGCCGUUUGUCAACCUGCUCUCCAAGGCGACAUAUUGGUGGAUGAAUCCUCUCAUCAUCGGAGCCCAUAAGCGGCCGAUAGAGCUGAAGAAGAUCGGCAAGCUGCCCAUCGCCAUGAGAGCGCUCACCAACUACCUGCGGCUCAAAGACGCCUACGAGGAUCAAAGGACGGCUGAAGAUCCGAACCGCUCCCCGUCAAUCUGGCGCUCCAUGUAUCGAGCGUUCGGUCGUCCCAUCCUGCUCAGCAGCACCUUCCGCUACCUUGCCGACCUGCUGGGCUUCGUCGGGCCGCUCUGCAUCUCCGGCAUCGUGAAGCACCUAAAGACCAACAAAAAUAACUCAACGCUAGAGGUGAAGAAAAGCCUGU